AACCAGCGAAAAAAAAGUAAUAAAGAGGUCCUCCAUUUCUUCCUCGUGACAAAACGCACUUGGCAGAGAAAGAUAAACAAGAACCCUAAGUUUUUUUAUAAGAUUCGAGAAAAUUCAACAACUCAGGAAGGAAGAUCCUUUUGCUCCAAUUUCUCAAUCGAAACGAUUUCAAUUUCGGUUUCAACGAUGUCGAGUUUUUCUGCCGAGUGUUGGGACUUCUCUGGUCGUAAACCGAGCUUUUCACAAACAUGUACUCGAUUGAGUCGUUACCUGAAGGAGAAGGGUAGUUUUGGAGAUCUGAGCUUAGGGAUGACAUGCAAGCCCGACGUUAAUGGAGGUUCACGUCAGCCUACAAUGAUGAAUCUGUUCCCUUGUGAAGCUUCAGGAAUGGAUUCUUCUGCUGGUCAAGAAGACAUUAAACCGAAGACUAUGUUUCCGAGACAAUCAAGCUUUUCUUCUUCCUCUUCCUCUGGGACCAAAGAAGAUGUACAGAUGAUCAAAGAGACUACUAAAUCUGUGAAGCCAGAGUCUCAAUCUGCUCCGUUGACUAUAUUCUACGGUGGUCGAGUUAUGGUGUUUGAUGAUUUUUCUGCUGAGAAAGCUAAAGAAGUCAUUGAUUUGGCUAACAAAGGAAGUGCCAAAAGCUUCACAUGUUUCACAGCUGAAGUAAACAAUAACCAUAGUGCUUAUUCUCAAAAAGAGAUUGCUUCUAGCCCAAAUCCUGUUUGUAGUCCUGCAAAAACCGCAGCACAAGAGCCAAUUCAGCCUAACCCGGCCUCUUUAGCCUGCGAACUCCCGAUUGCAAGAAGAGCUUCACUUCAUCGGUUCCUUGAGAAGAGGAAGGAUAGGUAAUGCAUUUUAAUGAAAACAUAAUAUCUUGUUAUUCCAUAAGUUCUUGUUAAGCGAAUUUCUCAAUAUCCUACUCGUAAACCUUUAACAGGAUCACAUCAAAGGCACCAUACCAAAUAGACGGUUCAGCUGAAGCGUCUUCCAAGCCUACUAACCCAGCUUGGCUCAGUUCACGGUAAACUUCGAGCCUGUCCGACCCAGAAGGCACAACUUGAGAGACCUUCUUGUAAGAUUCUUCUGAUGCUCCAUCGUUACAAAUAUCAAGCUGCUCCUCUGUUCAUUUUUUCUAUAGAUUAAUUUCACCCCUAGUAGUUUUGUUUGUUUAACUCCCCCGAAAACUCAUUAUAUUUGUAUGAAAUCAAUAUCAAUAGUGUUCAAUGUUUGCUUCUGGGGUUUAAGUUUUAGCCAGUGUGUAUAACCCUUUCCUCUGCCGAUCUCAACAUUAGCUUGCAACUUUUGUAAGAAACAUCACUUGUGUUUUUGUGUUGAUGGCCAUUAAUAUAAUCCAAGUUUAUUUAAUCCGA